AUGUUCAUUUUGAUGGUGGUGUUCUUCCUUCUCAACAUUCCACUUCUCAUAGCAAAUGUCAUUGAUCCCAAGUGCUUUUUGAGAAUAAAUUUGAAUGAUGUCAAGGAUGAAGAGUUGGGGUCAACUUGUUCCUUCAUUCUUGCAGCAGUUCAGAUCCCUAUGGAGAAAGAUUAUUUCAACCAGACUCUGAAUGUCCUAAAAACAACUAAAAACCACAAAUAUGCUUUGACAUUGGCCUUUUCAAUAGAUGAAAUCAACAGGAAUCCUGAUCUUUUACCAAAUAUGUCUUUGAUUAUAAAAUACCCUUUUGGCUAUUGUGAUGGAAAAACUAUAAUGCCUACACCCUAUUUAUAUCACAAAGAUUUUGAUAAACCUAUUCCUAAUUAUUUCUGUAAGGAAGAGACCAAGUGUACAUUUCUGCUUACAGGACCGCAUUGGGGGACAUCUUUACUUUUUUUGACAGACCUGGACAUCUUCUCAUCUCCACGUUUUCUUCAGCUCACAUAUGGACCUUUUCAUUCCAUCUUGAAUGAUAAUGAACAAUAUCCCUAUCUCUAUCAAAUGGCCCCAAAGGACACAUCAUUAGCCUUGGCAAUGGUCUCCUUCAUACUUUACUUCAACUGGAACUGGGUCGGCCUUUUCAUCUCAGAUGACGAUCAAGGCAAUCAAUUUCUCUCAGAGUUGAAAAAAGUGAGUGUAAACAAAAAUAUUUGCUUUGCCUUUGUGAGCAUGAUGUCAAUCUAUGAGGUUUCAUUCUACCAUAAAACUGAAAUGUACUACAACCAAAUUGUGAUGUCAUCCACAAAUGUUAUUAUCAUUUAUGGGGAAGCAGACAGUAUCAUUGAAUUGAACUUCAAAGUGUGGGAAUAUCCAGUUAAACAGAGAAUAUGGGUUACUACAAAACAAUGGAAUUUCCCUACCAGUAAGAGAGAAUUGACUCAUGACACAUUCUAUGGGACCUUUACAUUUCUACAACACCAUGGUGAGAUUUCUGGCUUUAAAAAUUUUGUACAGACAUGGUACCAUCUUAGAAGCACUGAUUUAUAUCAAGUAAUACCAGAGUGGAAGUACUUUAACUAUGAAGCCUCAGCAUCUAACUGUAAAAUACUGGAGAACUAUUCAUCCAAUUCCUCAUUGGAAUGGCUAUUGGAACAGAAGUUUGACAUGGCUUUUAGUGAUUACAGUUAUAAUGUAUACAAUGCGGUUUAUGCCAUGGCUCAUGCAUUCCAUGAAAUGAAUCUGCAACAGGUUGAAAAUCAGGCCAUAGACAUUGGGAACGGAGCCACUUCUCACUGCUUGAAGGUAAACUCCUUUCUGAGAGAGACCCACUUCAUUAAUCCUCUUGGGGACAAAGUGAUUAUGAAACAGAGAGAAAUACUGCAGGAUGACUAUGACUUUUUUUUUUUUUUUGACUAUGACGUUUUUCACAUACUGAAUUUCUCACAACAUCUUGGGAUUAAGGUGAAGAUAGGAAAAUUCAGCUCAUAUUAUUCACGUGGUCAACACUUUCACCUAUAUGUAGACAUGGGUGAGUUGGCCACAGGAAGUAAAAAGAUGCCAUUCUCUGUGUGCAGUGAAGACUGUGGUCCAGGAUUCAGAAGGUUCUGGAAGGAGGGAAUGGCAGCCUGCUGUUUUGUUUGCAGACCCUGCCCUGAAAAUGAAAUUUCUAAUGAGACAAAUAUGGAUCAGUGUGUGAAUUGUCCAGAAUACCAGUUUGCCAAUAUGAAACAGAACAAAUGCAUCCAGAAAGGUGUAAUAUUUCUAAGCUAUGAAGACCCAUUGGGAAUGGCUCUUGCCUUAAUAGCCUUCUGUUUCUCUGCAAUCACAGCUGUUGUACUUUGGGUCUUUGUGAAACACCAUAACACUCCUAUUGUGAAGGCCAAUAACAGAAACCUGAGCUACGUAUUACUCAUGUCACUCAUGUUCUGUUUUCUCUGCUCCUUUUUCUUCAUUGGCCAUCCUAACAGAGCAACAUGUAUCUUACAGCAAAUCACAUUUGGAAUUGUAUUCACUGUGGCUGUUUCCACAGUUCUAGCCAAAACAAUCACUGUGGUUCUGGCUUUCAAAGUCACAGACCCAGGAAGAAGGUUGAGAAAUGUUCUGGUGUCGAAGACACUCAACUAUAUUAUUCCCAUAUGCUCCCUAUUCCAAUGUAUUCUGUGUGCAAUCUGGCUAGCUCUUUCUCCUCCCUUUGUUGAUAUUGAUGAACACACGGAGCAUGGCCACAUCAUCAUUGUGUGCAACAAGGGUUCAGUUACUGCAUUCUACUGUGUCCUGGGAUACUUGGCCUGCCUGGCACUUGGAAGCUUCACUGUGGCUUUCUUGGCAAAGAAUCUGCCAGACAUAUUCAAUGAAGCUAAGUUCUUGACCUUCAGCAUGCUGGUAUUCUGCAGUGUCUGGGUCACCUUCCUCCCUGUCUACCAUAGCACUAAGGGCAGGGUUAUGGUUGUUGUAGAAAUCUUCUCCAUCAUGGCAUCUAGUUCAGGGAUGCUUGGAUGCAUCUUUGCACCCAAGAUCUACAUCAUUUUAAUGAGACCAGACAGAAAUUCUAUCUUAAAGAUCAGAGAGAAAAACACAAUCAAACAGUUGAAGGAAAAAUAA